AUGAAUUUUCGUCACAAUCGUGAGGAGCUGCCCUUUUAUAAGCUUGUGCAUUCAUUUGAUGAACUGCCGUUAGAUCCAGUGAAACCUUUUAUACUUGAGAAAAUACAAAAAUUGCGAAUGAGUCAGUCUUCUCUGUUUGCAACGGAUUUAAAUUUAUGUUCAUACGAUGUAAAUGAAAGUUGUGUUCCAAAAACCUUGACGACUACCAGCCAUAAAAAAAUAAGUGACUCACGGUUGAUGCCAAGUGUGAAAACUAUGGCUCCAAUAAAAACAGCAACGGAUAUGACCAAAGGAUAUGACUGGUCAUGGCUUGAACUUGAUAUGACCGAUUGCGAAAAUGCUUUGUAUGUUAACCAUUCAAUGAAUGUAACCAUUCAACUAAAGAAAUUGUGCAAUGAACAACGCAUUGCAGUAACAAUGCUUGAACGAUAUCCAACGCAUUUGAUAAUCAAAACAUUGCCGAGAAUCGAUCGAAACCGACCCUACUUACGAGAAGCACACAAAUUUAUUAAACGUGAAAAGAAUUCUUGGCCCAAGAUCAACAGUGAAUUAAUUCUGGUGAACUAUUUGUUCAAUGCAAAAAAUCAAGUGAAGGAAAAUGAAGCAAUUUUGAUUGUUAUUUUAUUGUUGGAUUUGCAAGAAGAUUUUCGUAUGGCUAUCAAACGGUCAACAUUAAAAAUUUUAUUGAGUUAUUCGGAUCAGAGAAAGCAUUUAAAGCUAGAAAUGGAUCCAAAUUUGUUGAGCUUUCCUGUUGCAACGAUACGUGGCCCCGUUUCAUGGAAAUGUAAUUUUCAAUUGGCCACUAAUCGUUUGGACCAGGUGUUAAUGGUAACCCAUCCCGUUUUACAAGCGUUGAAUUAUUUGUGGUAUGAACUAUACGAUAGUUUCAUUGUGUUCGAUACAAAGAAAUGCUAUGAUAGUAAAAUUCCGUUACAUUUUGAUGUUUUGACCGAAUUGGUGCAUAAUUGCUGUAUGAUAGCCAGAGACAUUCUGAUGAACGACUGGUUGCCUCGAUGUGCUGAUUUGGUAGACACUAUGAUCGAUUAUUGGAAAAAUUUGGUGCCAAUGAAAUCAAAAGACGGAGGUCGCGCUGCUAUUCUUUUCCGUUGUAUUCAUGCACUGAUGUCGAAGCAUUUGCAACAACUUAUCAAACGCAGCAUUGACCAUUUUUACAAUGCUCUUAUCAUUUAUAAGGAAGGAAAUGAAGUCGAUAAAUACGAUUUAAAUCAUCCAAAAUUGAUAUAUCGCCCAUUUAUGACGCUUUAUAUAAUGGCAGUUGGAAAAUUUUAUGACAAUUUCCAUGAUUUACCACCAACUAAGCAAAACCACUUUAAUUUAUAUAAUAAUGACGAUGAAGACGAUCCAACCAUUUCGUCGAAUAAUCCAAUGCCAAAGACGAAUACAACCGUUAGUCUAACGAGCGAAUCAAUGUUUGUGCUCAAGGAAAGCGGAAAGCUAUUUAUCAAGCCGUACAUUGAAGAACUACCCGAACUAUUUGUCAGUUAUUUUAAAGAAAUUCUUCGGGUUGGUUACAAUAUUCCGCGUCUUGAAUAUUAUAUGUCACAAGAUGCUGAACAAUUUGGCCAAUUGCAUGUUAUCGAUGAGAGUCAUGUCGAUAUGUUGCGACUGUAUGAGAAUGUACGCGAAAUUGUAGAGGUGAAUCAACCGGGACCAAGAAUAUACCUCUAUCCAAUUUAUACGUAUUAUUCUUCAUUAUUGUCCGAUAAAAUUAAAUUGAUGACAGAGCGUAUUUUCGAGCAGGACCUAAUUCCGAAAUUGCCGAAAUUCAUUUCGUUCAUGGAAAAAGUGGAUGCUGUUAUUGAUGAAAGUUUCUUCCUUGCCGAUUAUGUUGCAUUGAAUUUGUUUAUGUUAGAUUGUCGUUGUUUAAACAAAGUCAUUAUUACGCUGCUGCAUGAAAUCAAAAAUAUUGUUACCGAUUACUUCAAGGCGUUGAAUCAAAAAGAAAAUCGACGUAUUUGCGAUGAAUUCGAAGAGAUGUCGAUGUGUGCCGGUGAACGACCGAAAGAAACGGAAGAAGUAGUUGCACUGCAGAACUACUUGACAGAAUGCAAAGAAGAGCGCAUCGUUAAACUCAAGGAUGAAAUUAAGAAGGCAGCUGAACGUGUUAUUUUUCUACUGUAUCAUGCUCAGCUUGAUGCCGAAGAAAUUUAUUUAAACUCUCGGACUUUCCAAUGGCCAAAUGAACUCAUGCAAGUGCUUGAAUUGAGCGGUGCUAGGCUGGGUGUUGUUCGUGAAAAUUUGGAAGUUGCUUUAAAAGAGAGAAAAGCCAAAUUUGAAAAUUAUUUGAUCAACGAACGACGUAAAAUGGAAAUGUUUCGCUCACGAGAAACAAAAGAAUUUCUCUCAUUGGAUGAACUAAAGGAAAAAUGUGACAUCAGUGAUAAUUUCAUGGAAAUAAUAAAGAAAUGUGAAAAGGAAGCAGAUGCAAUAAAUGUUGAUGAAAAUUUACUUCAAUUAGAAGUUACCUCGUUUCCAACGCUACACGAAAUGGUCAACAAAAUGGAGCCCAUUGAACAAUUGUGGAAGACAGCGUAUAAAUUUGAUAAAUGUCAUGAGAUCUGGUAUUACGGUCCGUUUGUGCAGCUCAAUGGCAAAAGCGAUGCAAUUCAUCUUGAUGUUGAUUCAAUGUAUUCAACAAUACAGAAAUUAAUUAAACAAUUGGCAAACAACCCACAAGCAAAAAGGAUUGCCGAUCAAGUGCGCAUGAAAAUCGAUAAGUUUAAAGUGUAUUUGCCGGUAUUGGAUGCGAUAUGCCAGCAAGGUUUAGGCGAACGUCAUUGGACAUUGAUAUCUGACGAAAUUGGGCAAACCGUAAAUCCCGAGCUAUUUAAUUCACUCAGCGCAAUGAUUGAGAUUGAUAUAUUACGUAUUGUUGAUCGUUUAAAAGAAAUUGCCAAUGCAGCCGCCAAAGAGUACGAGUUAAAUGUACAAUUGACAAAUAUGCAAACCGAAUGGACCAACGUACAAUUCGAAUUGAUUCAAUAUAGAGACUCUGACACAUUUAUAUUGGCCGGGUUGGAUGAUGUGCAAUCUCUCCUGGAUGACCAUAUAUUAAAAUCUCAGUCAAUGCGUGGAUCGCCGUUUAUUGCUGCUUUGGGUCAACGAGCUACUGAUUGGGAGGACAAGCUUAUAUCAAUGCAAGAUAUAAUGGACAUUUGGUUAAAGGUUCAAUCAGCAUGGCAAUAUUUGGAACCAAUAUUCAAUUCGGAAGAUAUUAUGCGACAAAUGCCCUUGGAAGGACGCAAUUUCAAAGCAAUUGACCAGAAUUGGCGAAAAAUCAUGCAAAAUACCCACGAUGAUCAUCAUGUUUUGCACGCAACGGACUAUCCCAAUUUACUGGAAUUACUACGAAAUGCGUUUGCAGAUUUGGAAAAAGUUCAAAAGGGUUUAAACACAUAUUUGGAGAAAAAGCGAAUAUUUUUUGCACGAUUCUUUUUUCUAUCGAACGAUGAAAUUCUUGAAAUACUCUCCGAAACAAAAGAUCCAAAACGAGUGCAACCACAUUUACGUAAAUGUUUUGAGGGCAUACAUUCGCUGGAGUUCGACCAAAAUAAUGAAAUCACAGCACUAGUAUCGGCCGAAAAGGAAGUCAUGACACUAAACAAGAAAAUAAAUCCAAAUGCAGCUAACGGUUUGGUUGAAAAGUGGUUGAAGGAGGUGCAUAAUAUAAUGUUGGAGAGUGUGUUAACACAAAUGAAAGGCGCUUAUGACAGUUAUUGGAGCUACGAAAAACGAAAUGAAUGGACAACCAAAUGGUGUGGCCAAUUCGUUCAAUGUGUAUCACGGUCGACAUGGACCAAAGAGACGGAGGAUGCCAUUAGCAGUAAUGCUCUAAUUAAAUAUGCAACAAAAUAUAACGAAUACAUUGCUGAUAAUAUAGAAUUGAUUUGUGAAAGUUUAUCACCUGGGGCGCUGAUAAAUCUCGAAUCCUUGCUAAUUUUAGAUAUACAAGCUCGUGAUAUUCUCAACAGUUUGAUUGAUGCUGCUGUCGUAGAUGUCGAUAAUUUUAAUUGGAUUUCACAGUUGCGGUACUAUUGGCGAUAUGAUGAUAUUGACAAAUCCGACAUCGUUUCCGUAUGCAUGCUGUGGUCGGAUAUUCGAUAUGGCAUGGAAUAUUUGGGCAACACAUCGCGUCUAAUUGUUACCCCACAGACUGAUAGAUGUUUUAGAAGUGUGAUGGAAGCAACACGAAUGGGCGUGAGUUCGAUGGCAUUGGGUUCAACGGGAACGGGAAAAACAGACACGUUGAAGGAUUUAACAAAAGCCGUUGGCAAAAAGUGUGUCGUAUUUAAUUGCAGUCCCACAUUAAACUAUGAUGUGAUGGGGAAAUUCUUUAAAGGAUUGAUUCAAACUGGUGCCUGGGUCAUUUUUUACGAUUUUAAUUGCAUUAAACCGAACGUUCUUUCCGUCGUUGCUCAGCAAAUGCUAACGAUUCAAAGCGCAAAAGCACAGAAUGCCAUUAAAAUUUUAUUCCAAGAGACGACACUAAAAUUGGAUGCAUCAUGCGGCGUUUUUGUUACCAUAAAUCCGGAUUAUUCAGGUAAUAUUGAUCUUCCGGAUAAUUUGAAAUUGCAAUUUCGAUCGUUUGCUAUGCUACCAUUGGAUUCAGUUUACAUCUUUCAAGUGAUAUUGUUUGCAAAUGCUUUCAAAGAAUCCAAACAGUUGGCUCGAAAACUAGUUCAACUACACAAACUCUGUGCGCUCCAACUUUCACAUGCACUACAUUAUGAUUUUGGAAUACGAACAACAAAGUCCAUUGUUAGUUUGGCAAAAAGUUUGAAGCGGCAACGCCAACAAAGCGACACCUUGUCAGAAACUCAAGUGAUUUUGAAAGCGAUUUGCGAAGUUAAUUUAGCGAAAUUGAUACCAGAAGAUACGAUACAGUUCAAAGAGAUUUGUGCACAAAUAUUUCCAGACGGUAAUGUUUGUAACGAAGCGGAUAUAGCGACACCGAUCGAAUCUUUUGUCAGCGAAUGUCUGAAGAAACAUGAUUUUGAACCUACCAAAUAUUUGAUGGAGAAAAUUCUUCAAAUUUAUCGAAUGCUUUCGAUUAAAAAUGGAAUAAUUAUUGUUGGUGAUACGAUGAGUGGUAAAACGGUUGCAUGGCAAGCAUUGGCCGAAGCAUUACAUAAUAUCAAAUCGAGUCCUGAUGCGUUAAUCAAUGAACAUGACGUUGUUUAUCGGAUUAUAAAUCCGAAAUCAAUUUCAGCAAAUCAACUUUAUGGAUAUUUCGAUUUGGAAUGGCAUCAAGGUGUAGUGGAAAAGGUAUUUCGUGAAAUGGUCUGUGUAACUGAAGCAAAAUCUAGAGGUUGGAUUAUUUUUGAUGGUAUUGUCGAUCCAUCGUGGACCAAAUGUAUGCACACAUUACUCGAUAAGAAUCGUAAAUUUUGCUUGGCAUCGGGUGAAAUGAUUGAAAAGCCAGAACUAAUGACAAUUUUAUUCGAAGCGGAUGAUUUACAAUAUGCGUCACCGGCAACAGUAGCCCGUUGCGGUGUCGUGUAUAUCGAUCAAUCAAAAGAACAAUGGAAGAGUUUACAUUCAUCUUUUGUUCGUGCACUUUACCGUAUCGGUUUGAUUGAUAUUUACAUUACACUUUUCGAAACACUUGUUGAUUGGCUUGUUCCAGCCACUUUGCAAAUUCUCAACGAUUGCAAAUCCAUGCUGAAAGUAUCAUCCACUCAACAAUAUAAAAUUUUCAGUCAGUUUUUACAAUACUUUGUUGUAGACAAUCAACAACAACUGAAUCAAAUCUGGUUUCAACAAAUAUUUUUAUAUUGCUUGGCGUGGGCUUAUGGAUCGACACUUCAAAACGAGGAGCGAACAAAACUGGACCAUCGUUUGCGUAAAGUACUUCAUGGAUCAGUGGAUGAGUAUCCAAAGCCAAAACUUUUUACAUUGAAUCGUGGUCAAAUGUUUCCUGAAAAAAUGCUUAUGACCGACUAUCGUUUUGACCACAUUGAAGCAUGUUGGUGGCCUUGGUUGAAAGAGUCAGAGGAUGUUACAUUUAACGAAAGCACUCACAUUUCCACAGCAUUGGUGCCGACGAAAGAAUCAAAUGUAGCCUUGUAUUGGUUAAAUUUAGCUGUUAAAAUGUCACUUCCACUUGUUCUCAUUGGUGAUGCAGCCACUGGAAAAAGUCUUACACUCCGUCAUUUCCUCAACGAAAUGCCAAAAGAGAAAUUUAUACAUAGUGUGUUGAAUUUAGCAGCCAAUACAAAACCACAAAAUGUACAGGAUAUUAUUAUGGGAAAGUUGGAUCGGCGACGCAAGGGCGUUUUUGGCCCCCCUGUUGGCAAAUUGGGCAUUGUUUGCGCUGACAAUUUAACAAUACCAACAUGCGAUGAAUAUGGAUCGCAACCUUCUAUUGAACUUUUGCGACAGUGGAUUGACCAUAAAUAUUGGGCUGAUUUGGAUGAUUCUUCAAAACUCGAACUUGUAGAUUUAUUUCUUAUCGGAGCCAUGAAUCCAAUUGGUGGAAGAAAUCAAACGUUCUCUAGAUUCUAUAGACAUACAUUUUUACUGGCAUUUGAUGCUUACGAAAUGUCAACUGUAAAUAGAAUAUUCACAACCAUAUCAGAAUGGCAUUUUUCACAGGGUUUCUCGGAUAAAGUAACAUUGCUAGCUAAAACUGUUGCAUCUGCAAUUUGUGGGUUUUACGAACAAGUGAAAAGGGUUCUCUUGCCAACACCACAAAAAUUCUACUAUAUGUUUUCAUUUCGUGACAUAUCUCGAAUUUUCGAAAGCAUAGCCCUAGUGCCGGCAAAGAAAUUAACAUCGCCUGAAAAGCUCAUGAGACUGUGGGCCCAUGAAACAUACCGUGUUUAUUUUGACAGGGUAUCCGAUCCAAUAGAUCAACAAUUCCUGCUUGACACGCUGACUAGUUGUUCCAAAAAAUAUUUCAAACUAGACUUGAGCCGAGCAUUUGUGAAACGAAUCCCAAUGGGAGCUUAUGUAAACAAUGAAAUUUUGCGAAAUUUAGUAUUUGGCAAUUUUAUGGAACCGGACGCUGAACACAAAACAUACGAUGAAAUUGAAGAUUGGACCAAAUUGGAAAAAAUCAUCAAUUAUUAUUUAAAUGAAUAUAAUACUUCGGCCCUGAUUCCGUUAAAUUUGACUUUGUUCAAGUAUGCGAUUGAACACAUUGUAAGAGUAUCUCGUGCACUUCAAAUGCCUCAAGGCCAUUUGAUUGCCGUUGGUAAUGAUGGUUCCGAAAACAUGAAAAUGAUUAAAUUGGCCGCAAGCAUGGCCGGAGCAAAUUUGAUCAAUUUUAAUUUUCAUAAAAGAUAUUCGAUGAAGGAGUGGCGGGAUGACAUGAAAAAUAUGCUAAUGACAGCUGGUUUGAAUGCACAGUGUACUAUAUUUCUGUAUCCUGAUCCCAAUGUUAAACAUUCUGCGGAAUUUAUGAGCGACAUUGUAACAAUCAUGGAUAACUUCGAGCUGCCGAAUCUAUUUCAGUCUGAUGAUAAAACGAAGAUAAUGGAUGCAAUGCAAUUAGAGUCAAAGAAGUCGGAGCAAGUCAUUGACACAACACCAGGAGCGCUAUAUAAAUUAUUUGUUGAGCGAAUUCGGCAAAGCUUGCAUAUUGCCUUGGUACUUCCUUCAAUAGGCGACAGAUUCCGUGAAUAUCUUCAUUGCUAUCCGUCUCUUCCGAACUAUUGCACCAUUGAUCGAUUUUUACCGUGGCCGAUAGACUCUUUGCAGCAAAUCGCAGAAAAGUUCAUUGGUACCAUGGAUUUAUCACACCCAAAGCUGAGUAAAAAAUCAUCCACAGACAGUGAUACGUGUGAUAAACCACAAACUGUCGAUGUGAAUCUAAAAACAGAUAAACUAUCAACGUUUGAAAUGAAUUUGGUAAAUACAAUGGUUUAUUUUAACCAAACCAUUGUUGAGGAAAGCGAGCGACUAUUCAAAGAAUUUUCUCGUCGAAUCUAUAUCACUCCGGCAUCAUUUUUGGAAAUGUUAAAUUUAUUCAAAGAGUUGUACAAACGCAAACAUUUCGAAAUCACUCUGAAACGAGAGCGAUACACGACAGGUUUAGAAAAAUUGGAUAGUGCAGCUGCACAAGUUGGUGAUAUGCAACAGAAACUAUUUGAUUUGCAACCGAAAUUGAAACAAUUGUCAGACGAAACCGAACAAAUAAUGGUGACGAUUGAAAGAGACACGGCACAUGCCGAAAAGAAAAAAGAGGUUGUGGGCGCAGAUGAAGCUGCGGCGAAUGAAGCAGCUGCAGCAGCGCAGGCAAUCAAAGACGAUUGUGAUAGUGAUUUGCAAGAAGCUAUACCAGCGUUCAAUUCGGCUCUUGCAGCACUGAACACUCUUAAGCCUCCUGACAUAACCAUUGUUAAAUCGAUGAAAAAUCCACCAUCAGCAGUGAAAUUGGUGCUUGAAGCCGUUUGUGUGAUUCGAGGCAUUAAACCUGAUCGCAAAUCAGAACCGAGCGGUAAAAUAACGGAAGAUUACUGGAGUGCCUCAUUAAAAAUGCUGAGUGAUUUGAAAUUUUUGGAAAAUUUAAAAACCUUCGACAAAGACAACAUUCCUGUGGCAACAAUGAAACGCAUACGUGAAAAAUAUAUAUCCGAUCGUGAUUUUAAUCCAGACAAAGUGAAGAACGUUUCAACAGCUUGCGAAGGUCUUUGUAAAUGGAUUCGUGCAAUGGACAUCUAUGACAGAGUAGCAAAAAUAGUUGCACCAAAGACUGCUGCAUUGGCUGUGGCCGAAUUGGAAUUGGCGGAACAAAUGGAAAAAUUGAACUCAAAACGGACGGAACUGCAAGUGAUACUUGAUAAACUGCGCGGUUUGAAUGAUUUCUUUGCAGAAAAAUCGAGACAGAAAAAGAAUUUAGAAGAUGAAAUUGAUAACUGUGAAAAGAAAUUGGAUCGAGCGGAAACAUUGCUCGGCGGACUAAGUGUGGAAAAAGUUCGGUGGUCUGAGAUAGCAAGUGUUCUUCGUAUUGCAUUGGAUAGCGUUAUUGGUGAUGUGAUUUUAUCGAGUGCAUUUAUUGCAUACUUGGGAAGUUUUCCGAAGCAAUAUCGUGAUGACCUCUUGAAAAGUUGGAUUCAAAAAUGUUUGGAAAAUGAAAUUCCAUGCAGCAAGGAUUUCAAGUUGCAUUCAACUUUAAGUGACUCAAGUGAAAUUCGUUUUUGGACAACAUCCGAAUUACCCAUCGAUGAUUAUGCUGUUGAAAGUGCAAUUAUUGUCAAAAAUGCACAUCGUUAUCCACUCAUAAUCGACCCACAAGCUCAAGCAAACAAUUGGCUGAGGAAUAUAGAGAAAGCAAAUGGAUUACGUGUGGUUCAAUAUACCGACGAAAAUUACAUGCACAUUUUAGGCGAAUCAAUAACAAAGGGAACACCAAUUCUCAUGGAACAUAUACAUGAAUCAAUUGAUACGCCAUUAUAUCAAAUUCUCGAGCGAAAUAUACUGCCGCAAAAAUCGGGCAAAAUGUCCAUGUUGUGUUCGAAUAAUCUGAUUGAAUGCGAUGGCAAUUUUCGAUUGUAUGUCACAACGUGUUUGCCGAAUCCGCAUUAUUUGCCUGAAAUCAUAUCGAAAAUCACUUUGAUCGAUUUUACGCUAACCGAAGAAGGACUACAGCAAAAAAUUCUCAACACAAUUAUUUCUGAAGAACGUAUUGAAUUGCAGGAGCGAAAAGAAUCACAUGUCAUUGAAAUGGCAAAGAAUGGCGAUUUAUUGUAUAAACUUGAAUCAAAUAUACUGGAGGUGUUGUCACAGUCAGAAGGGAAUAUUUUGGAAGAUGAAAAUGCCAUUAAUAUCCUCACGACAAGUAAAACUAUGUCAGAGGAAAUUCAAGCAAAACAAAUAACUGCCGUUUCAAUUGCGAAAGAAAUCGAUGCAGAGCGUGAGAAAUAUUCUGUAGCUGCUACACAUACAUCAAUUUUAUACCGUUGUGUCAUGCGCUUGGCAUCGAUCAAUUACAUGUAUCAAUAUUCGUUAAAUUGGUUUGUCAGCAUGUUCGUACAGAAUGUACGAGAAACACCGAAACAACAUCAAACGCUUUCACAACGUCUGAGAGAAAUCAACAACAAUUUCACGAAACGAUUCUAUCAAAAAACAGCUGAGACACUGUACAAAAAACAUCGAUUGGCUUUUGCAUUUUUGAUUUGCAUUGAAAUGUUACGAACGCAAGGCAUAAUCCAAGAGGAUGAAUUGAAAUUUCUACUGACAAACGAAUACGCAAAAAAACCAUACCGUCAACAGCACGAUGCUGUGCUUCCAUUCGAUUGGAUGAGUGUAGAGUCAAAACAACUUAUCAGCCAUGUUGUAACACAGUUGACAAGCCUGUCACAACUCUGCGAAUACAUCACAAAUGAUGAAACAAACUGGAAAACAUUUUAUACAUCAACAAAUCCGAUUGACAUAACGGCGAUACCAGAGCCGUAUGUAUGCGCCAAUCAGCUUAUAAAGCUCGUUAUACUGAAGUUACUUCGACCCGAUGCACUUCAUUUCGCUAUUGAAAGAUUUGUUUGUUCUUUUGAUGAAACAUUCGAAUGCAAUGAUGCACACAUCAAUGUAAAAUCAGCUUUCGAAUGCAGCACUCCAAAGACACCUCUCAUCUGUUUCACGUCAAAUGGAAUCGAUCCAACUGCUCACAUUCUUAAUCUGGCUUAUGAAAUCAAUACCAGCGAAAAUUGUAAAACUAUUUCGAUGGGACAAAAUCAAAAUGCGAUCGCUGAGAAAAUGUUAUGUGAUGCAAUGGCACAUGGUGGAUGGAUUAUAUUCGAAAAUUGCCAUGUAGCAACAGCUGACUGGAUGAUAAAAUUGGAAAGUCUCUAUACAAACCUAAUCAAAUCAAAUGAAAUUAGCAAGGAUUUUCGAUGCUGGUUUGUUUUAAAUCCAACCAAAAUGUUUCCAUUUAUAUUGCUGCGAGACGCAAUAAAAAUUGUUAUCGAACGACCUUCAAAUUUCCGUGGAAAAUUUAUUGAACAAUAUUCAACGCAGCCACUAAGCACCGAUAAAUUCUUCAAUAAUGCAUUUCGACCGCCAUUGUCAUCCGUUUGGCAUCGAUUUGUUUUUGCAUUUAAUGUAUUUCAUGCCAUUGCCCUGGAACGCAUGGAAUAUGGAGCUAUUGGAUGGUCUCAAUCAUAUGAUUUUUCCGAUAGCAUGCGAAAACUUUCACUAUUUCAACUUCGAAGUUUCAUAAAACAAUGUGGAUCGAUACCGUAUGAAAACUUUUUCUAUUUGGUGAACGAUUGCAACUAUGGUAAUGAAAUCAUUGACAAUUGUGAUCGACGAUUGUUGAAAAACUUGCUUAAACAAUUUUGUAAUGAAACGACAACCACAAAUGAUCAGUACACAUUUUUCGAUUCUGCAACUUUGUGCAUUCCACUCGAGGCAAAUCGUGAACAAAGUAUUGAAUAUGUAAAAAGUUUGCCAUUAAAAAUUGCGCCAUACGAAAUUGGACUACAUAAUAAUGUGAAUUAUUUGCGAAAUGUGGAUGAAGGCAAACAUCUCUUACAAACUGUAUAUGCAACACAAAUUGACCAUUUUUCAAUUUCAUCGAAGAGCAAUGAUUUGGAUACCGAUCAAACUGUUAAAUAUAUUUGCGAUGAUAUUCUCAAACGUUUACAUGUGAUUGGUGAGCUAAAAGCACCGCCACCAAACAAAAAUCCAUUCAGUAUUAUAUUAAAACGAGAGGUCCAAAGAUUUAAUGAAUUGCUUCAGUUAAUUAGGCAAUCGUUGAAUGAUUUGAAGAGAGGUAUCAAUGGUUUUGCGAUUGCUGAUAAACACUUCAAUAAUACAUUGUUCGAAGUUUCAAACAAUGUAGUGCCUUCAAUAUGGAUGAAGAAAACAUACUUGACAAUCAAACCACUAUCCAGUUAUAUCAAUGAUCUUUUGAAACGGAUAGAAUUUUUCCAAGGAUGGUCUCGCUUAGGAACACCAAAUCGUUUUUGGUUUUCUGCAUUUUAUUUUCCACAGUCGUUAGUCGUCACAAUUAAACAGUGUUUUGCCAAACACUCUAGCAUCGACUUCGAUGAUGUGGAUAUUUCGAUUGAUGUGCUUCCAUUUGAAAUGAGUGAAAGUGAUGAUGAAUUUGAGGCAUACAUGAAGGAUGUUAAAAGCAAAAACAAAAAUACCAUCGCAAUUUAUGGACUUUUCAUGGAAGGUGCACGAUGGAAUCGAGAUUCGCACCAUAUUGAUGAAGAAUUAGAUGGACAGUUAUAUGAUUGCAUGCCACUUAUAUUGCUGCAGCCAAAAACACGAGAUGAACUGCUAGAACGGUUUAUGUAUGAAGCACCAGUUUAUAAAACAUCACAACGUCGAAGUAUUUCCACGAAAUAUGGACAUUCAAACAAUUUUGUGACUUAUUUCGCGCUACAGAGUCAAAAGCAAGCCGCACAUUGGUGUGUUCGAGGUGUUGCAUUGUUGUGUCAACUCAACGAUUAA